AAUAACAACCAAAAAAUGGAUAAAGUGGAUCUUAUCCAGAAGGCCAAGCUGGCAGAACAAGCCGAGCGUUACGACGACAUGGCUGAAUGCAUGAAAGUGGUCACGGAGAAGGGCGACGACUUGACGAACGAGGAGAGGAACCUGCUGUCCGUCGCCUACAAGAACGUGGUGGGGGCCAGGCGGUCCUCAUGGAGGGUGCUCUCCAGCAUCGAAGCCAAGUCUGACGAGAAGAAGGUCCAGCUGGUUAAGGAAUAUCGGGAGAAGGUGGAGAAAGAGCUGCAGGACAUCUGCAAGAACGUUUUGACACUGCUGGAUAAUUAUUUAAUUGGAAACUCCAAACAAGAUGAGAGCAAAGUGUUUUACCUAAAGAUGAAGGGUGACUACUACAGAUACCUCGCCGAAGUUGCUUCUGGAGAUGACAAAACAACUAUAAUCGAAAACUCGCAGAAGGCAUACCAGGAUGCGUUCGACAUCAGUAACACGAGCAUGGAACCCACACAUCCCAUCCGCCUGGGCCUGGCUCUUAAUUUUUCAGUUUUCUUCUACGAGAUCCUCAACUCUCCAGAAAAAGCUUGUGAACUGGCUAAAAAGGCGUUCGACGAGGCCAUCGCUGAGCUCGACCAACUAAACGAGGAGUCUUACAAAGACAGCACCCUCAUCAUGCAGCUCCUCAGAGACAAUCUGACACUAUGGACAUCGGACACCACCGGCGAGGAGGGCGAAGCCGGAGAAAGAGGCGACGGCGGCGAAACCGAGAACUAA